CUCCACCUUCUCUCACAUUCUCACCUUGUUCAUUCAUUCAUAUUCUCUCAAACUAAUUUUCACGUGCCAAGGGUUCUGAUUUAAUUGAUUGAACAGGAUACGUGACUAUUCUAUUUAUUGUAAACCUCCUCGUACUUGUCUUUGAUUUCCACAGAUAAAAACAAAAACUAUUUUUUGCAUUCUUUUAGCAGCAACAAUGGAGCCAUCCAAAAACUCGCAGCAGCCCCAACAUUUCCACGACUACCUCCCCAUGAUGGCGAACAAGCUCGGCGGGGACGGCCUCAUCGACGAGCUCUGCAACGGCUUCAACCUGCUCAAGGACUCCCACCGAGAGGUGAUUACCUUUGAGAGCCUCAAGAGGAACGCUGCUCUUCUUGGCCUGCAAGGACUAGGCGACGAGGACCUUCGGUUGAUGCUCCGGCAGGGCGAUUUCGAUGGCGACGGUGUGCUGAGCCAGCUGGAGUUCUGUGUUUUGAUGUUUAGGUUGAGUCCUGAGCUCAUGGAGGGGUCCAAGUUGUGGCUGGAGGAGGUGCUUCAGCAAGACCUUGAACAAUGAACAUUGAUUUUUGUAUUUUGUUAUCAGUUAUGGGUUUCUCUUCCUCAUUCGAUGGUCUGGUUUGGAUGUUUGAAUUGCCAUGCAUGCAUUUGAUUUGUGAGGAGAAACCGUGGGAGAGAGAUUUUUCAUUUGCUUACUUAUUCCCUGUAUAUUACUCGAUUUAACUAUUGUUUAGAGUUUAUUUUAUAAGUAAAUAAAAGGUUUUUACAUUGUGAAUCAA